AUGCUAUUCUUCAGCUUCUUCAAAACACUCAUCGACCAUGAGGUCACGGUCGAGCUCAAGAACGACAUCCGGAUCCGGGGCGUCCUCAAGAGCGUCGACCAGUUUCUCAACAUCAAACUCGACAACAUCCAAGUCGAGGAGGAGCUCAAGUAUCCCCAUCUGAGCGCCGUCAAGAAUGUCUUUAUUCGUGGAUCCGUCGUGCGAUAUGUGCAUCUGCCCGCUAGCGCAGUGGAUAUUCCCCUGCUGGAGGACGCCACGAGGAGAGAAGCCGCGAACCAGGCUGGUAAGGCAAAGUGAGAAGGAGAUGGAAAAGAGAGGGAGCCUUCUGUUGGGAAUAGGCACGGCAUUGAGCUAAAUGACUGGCUGAUCUGGGAUCUCAAGGGGUGUGCCCCGAGCGAGCGACGUCGACCUGAGGUAUGUCCUCGGUUAUUUGAUCACUCAGCAGGCUGAAGGCCCGGAGAGAUACUACAGAACUUGGAGACAGAAGGAUGUGUCUUCUGUGCCAGCUCGUUGUCGUUGAGCAUGAUAAGUGUGCGGCAACCGCACCUAUGAUGGACAUACCCAGAAAUAUCAUAAACUGACUGAGCGUAUCCGCGGAUGCAACACCCACGAUCUUGGUUGGGAAGAGCGCACUUCUCAUAUUGAUCGCAGCUAUGAUGUGGUUUGACAUCAGGAUUAUCCUAAGCUUGUGAGUUGAGCCUCACAGUUGCAUAGCAUUUUAUCCACACCAAUCAGGGGGU